AGCUACCUCAAAAUCUAGGUCAACCUUUUGGGUCUGGCUGCUCACAUCACGUUCAGCAAGUUUUGAUUCGGCUGUUAACGCUGCAUCUGAAAUUGUAAUUUUCAUCCAUAAAAAUCAAAUCUCCAGAUCAAAAUGGUUAUCAAAGUCGGAAUCAAUGGAUUUGGCCGUAUUGGACGCCUCGUACUGAGGGCUGCUAUUGAGAACAAUGGUGUCAUCCCAAACAGUGGGUUAGAGGUCGUCGCUAUCAAUGACCCCUUCAUCCAGCUUGAAUAUAUGGUGUACAUGUUCAAAUACGACUCAACUCAUGGCCAGUUCUGUGGAGAUGUAAGAGAGCAAGAUGGCAAACUGUAUGUCAACAACAAGCCAAUCAGCGUCUUCCAAGAGACCAAUCCAGCACACAUCCCAUGGAAGGAAGCUGGGGCCGAGUACAUUGUAGAGUCCACUGGGGUGUUCACAACUACAGACAAAGCCAAGGCUCAUUUUGAGGGCGGUGCUAAGAAAGUGAUAAUCUCUGCACCAUCAGCCAACGCUCCAAUGUUUGUCAUUGGUGUCAAUCAUGAGCAGUACAAUAAGAGCAUGGAUGUGGUGAGCAAUGCGUCUUGUACCACCAACUGCCUUGCCCCUCUUGCAAAGAUUAUUGAUGACAACUUUGGCAUUGAGGAGGGACUGAUGACAACUGUCCACGCUUACACAGCCACCCAGAAAACUGUUGAUGGGCCAAGUUCCAAGAAAUGGCGUGAUGGUAGAGGUGCUCAUCAAAACAUCAUCCCAGCAUCUACUGGAGCAGCCAAAGCUGUUGGCAAAGUCAUUCCAAACUUGAACGGAAAACUGACUGGCAUGGCCUUCCGCGUUCCAACACCAGAUGUGUCUGUUGUAGAUCUGACCGUACGCUUGAAGAAAGGAGCUAAAUACGACGAAAUAAAGGCUGUAAUCAAGAAAGCUAGUGAAAGCGCAUCGAUGAAGGGCAUCAUGGGAUACACUGAUGAGCAGGUCGUAUCCAUGGACUUCCGUGGGGAUAACCGCUCAAGUGUCUUUGAUGCUGGGGCUGGUAUUGCUCUGAAUGACAAUUUCGUCAAACUCGUUUCAUGGUAUGAUAAUGAGUUUGCUUACAGUCUGCGUGUCAUUGAUCUAAUCUCUCACAUGGCCAGUAAACAGUAAACAGCGCCCUCAAGAUGAUGUGAAAUUCUACAGCUACAUUGGACCAGGCUGGUUUAACUCUAUUCAAAUUUUUGUUAAUAUUUUACUUGUUUUUUCAAAUGGAUUAUCAGAUAUUUAAAUUGAAAUUGUUGAUUAUUUUCUUAUUUAAUUACUCAAUCCAUACUUUAGUCUAACUAGAAGGUCCUAGUAUAUUUUGAAAUUAAGGUUGACUUUUAACAUAAAAUGUUUAAAUGAGGAUUGUUAAAAUAUAUAAACAUAUAUAUACAAAAGGUGUUUGUAGUUGGGCAUAGAUCUCAUAAAUUGUAGUCACAAUUUUACAUGAAUUAUGGAAACAUAAAUGUGCUUGUAUUAUUGAUAGUUGUGUGGUUACUAUCAUUAUAACAGUAAUUUUUGAAUAAUUGAAUUUUAAAUUAUUUUUAUCCAAAUUAUCUUGAAAUCUUGCAUAUCAGGAUAAAUAUUUUUCCCAUCCUGCUUCAAAGCCGAUUUAGAUUAGUGCUCACCGUUCUUUCAAAUUGUACACAAAACUUUUUCCAUUUUUGAACAGUACCGUUGUUCCCAAUUGUGCAAAGAACAUUCUGCAUUCAGAUUUUAGGAAGUUGCUUGGACUACAGAUGGCAUUGAUCAAAAUGUAUUCAAUUGAUAAACGUAUUAAAGUGCUCUGCUAACUCGAGUUUUACAUGUCUACCAAUGUAUAACCAUGUCGAUGAUGUAGCUAUAUAUUCCAACAAAAUUGUCCACCCUUAAUCCAUACCCUUUUGUGGUGCUUAAAUCUGGUAGGUGUGGUAGGUGGAUACAAAUAUAUUUUAGAAAAUUGUUACAAUUUGUGGUUCAGUGACAUGCAUAUUGCUAAAUUAUAUUAUAAUAAACAACUUUCCACAUUCAGUCCAAUA